AUGAAGAAAAAACAGGAACCUCAUCAAGAUGAACAACAUGAUAUUGAAAUCCUCAAGGCUGUUGCACAAGCCUGGCAUGGCCACUCCAGCAGCCGUAGAACAACAGCCGAGUUCGACGCGCACCGCCACAAUUUCAAGAAUAAGCCAUCAAGAUUCAAGCUUGAAGCUAUGAACAGGACAACUGAUGGUGGCACAGGCAAAUGGGAUUUCAACCAAUCACUUUGGGAUUCUUAUGAGAUUCUCAAUGUGUCUAAAAAGUUAGAAGCUGGGCUAGUGCUAGACCAUCCAUUGGAUGAACCAAUCCGAAUUGGACAGAAACGGAAAGAGAGUAAGAAUAGCUUAAGAAAUUUGCUCAAUAGUGUGUCUUCAAGAAGAUAUAACGAACCUAAUUUAGACACCAGAUAA